AGGUCCCGAGUGGCAACGCCAGGGCAUAGCACAGAAUUGAAACUCCCAAAGUCCAACCAAGUUAAACUCAUUCCUUACGCUUGCCGUCUUCUUCCUUUUCUUUCUUUUUUAUUAUCUCAAAUUCAAAUUCAAAGUUAAAGUAAUUGCUUCUCUUUUUUUUCAACUUCCAUUUUUCUCUUUUAUAUUUUAUCAAAUCUCUUUGGGCUUUGCUCUCUCAUCUACUUCGCCUCUAUAAUAACUGUUUGUUGAAAAUGGAAAAAGAAUUGAUGGAUAAAGUUGGUGCCUUUGGUGAACGCAUCAAGGUUGAAGGAGCUGAGUUGGGCAGAAAGAUGAGCGCUGGCAUGAGCUCAAUGAGCUUUAAGGUGAAGGAACUCUUCCAAGGCCCGAACCCAACUGAUAAGCUUGUUGAGGAUGCUACAUCUGAGGCCCUUGAUGAGCCUGACUGGGCCUUGAAUCUUGAUAUUUGUGACAUGGUCAAUCAUGAAAAAGUGAACAGUGUUGAAUUGAUCCGUGGCAUAAAGCGGAGGAUAAUGUUGAAGAGCCCUCGGGUUCAAUACUUCUCCUUGGUCUUGCUUGAAACUUUUGUCAAGAAUUGUGAGAAGGCAUUCUCGGAGGUGGCAGCUGAAGGGGUUCUUGGUGAGAUGGUUAAGUUAAUUGAUGAUCCUCAAACUGUUGUCAAUAAUCGGAACAAAGCUUUAAUUCUUAUUGAAGCUUGGGGGGAGUCAACCAGCGAGCUCCGCUAUUUACCUGUUUUUGAAGAAACUUACAAGAGUUUAAAAUCAAGGGGUAUUCACUUUCCUGGUCGUGAUAAUGAGAGUUUGGCACCUAUUUUUACCCCUGCUCGUUCAGUUUCAGCGGCAGAAGUGGAUGCCAGACUUGCACAGCAGCUACAGCGUGAUGUGCAGCUUCAGCAUGAUAUUCCUGUUCCAAGCUUUUCUGCUGAACAAACAAAGGAAGCAUUUGAUGUGGCAAGAAACUGCAUUGAGCUUCUUUCAACUGUGUUAUCCUCAUCACCCCAACAAGAUGCUCUUGAGGAUGACCUGACAACCACGCUUGUCCAACAAUGUCGUCAGUCCCAGUCCACUGUUCUAAGAAUCAUCGAGACUGCUGGAGAUAACGAGGCCCUGCUUUUUGAAGCUUUGAAUGUGAAUGAUGAGAUCCAGAAAGCUCUCUCAAAGUAUGAAGAGUUGAAGAAGCCAUCAGUAGUUCGUCACGAGCCAGAACCUGCAAUGAUUCCUGUGGCUGUUGAACCUGAUGAUUCGCCCCGUCAUACAAACGAAGAUGCCUUGAUUAGGAAAACAAGUGGUACUCGACAUGGGACGCAUGGCGGAAGCAACGAUGACAUGAUGGAUGAUCUUGAUGAAAUGAUUUUUGGUAAGAAAGGUGGGGGUUCAUCUGAAGGGGGGCAAGAUUCAAAGAAGCAGCAAGCACCUAAAGAUGAUCUAAUCACAUUCUAAUUCCAUAAUAUUAGGACGGAAGGCCUAUGCCGGGCCAUUGUAGCCAUUUAUCCGAAGUUAGGAAGUAAAAACACACGACAAGAUUGUUGACUUUUUCUUUAGUAUACUAGGAUUGGAUUGGAUUGGAUUGGUUGUCCCUGCAAAUUAUGUGUAAGUAAAUUCAUGUCUGGAUUUGUUUACUUAAAUAUUUGAUGAGUAGAGAGUGUACAUGGAUGGGAUGGCUCUCAUAUCCAUGACUUGAUA